AUCGAAGAGUCAGACAAAGGCAUGAAGCUUUCCACUGAUUAGGAAAUCUUGUUCUAAACGCAAGAUCUUCUAAUCGAGGCGUUCUCGAAGUCAACGGUAAGCUUCCUAUCCCCGUGACUAGCGAAUGAUCUACCAGCGCUAGGCGGACGGGAAUCCACCCGAAACCGAGUUAACCUACGCGCGAAGUGACCCAUCGUCAACUCUCUCGCCGCGGAAAAUGGAUGACAAGACACAACAGUCGCAGUCGCAGUCGCAUGCGCCGUCGUCCUUCAUGUCGGACAUGAUGGACACCCCACCACGUGCAGACGUCGACGAAAUCCUUCGGAGGAAACGGAAGGCGCGGGAAUACAAGGCCUGCUACCCAUGUCGACAACGAAAAGUCAAAUGCGAUCAGACAGUACCAUGCAAAACAUGCGUCGUCCGCGAACAUCCAGAGCUAUGCACUUACCACCCCCCGAGCGAGUUGCACCCGCCUGCGAAGAGGAUAAGCAUGGGACUGGGCCAGAACGGGCACGACUUCAACGUCAAUGGAUUGGUCCACGUACAUGGUGGGACGGUCACAUUGCCACGUGAGGACUGGGAGCGCAUCUGCGCAAAGUUACAGACGGCUGAGAAGUCACUCACCGAGCUGAAGAACUCGAUAAGCAGUGUCCAAGAAGUGGCACCGCCAAUCAACGGCUUCUCACCCUCGACCUCCACGCCUCUGGCUGCCUCGGCGCCCAUCGAUGGCGAACAUAGUCACGUUCGUACGCAGGGAAUCCACACGCGCAACGAUAUCACCGGCCAGACGAUUCAUAUCGGACCCAGCUCCGUGCCCGCGUUAGUCAUGCAAUUGGGUCGAGGAGGAGAUUCGCAAUGGGCGCCAGGCUUGCAAGACCUACUGGGCAAGAAGAGCAUGCUGCCUAUCUUUGGGUUGGACAACGAGAGCGCUACAUAUCCCUUUGUCGACCUCUGGGGACUACCACAUGGAUCGAUAUCCCGCGCUACAGAGCUGGCAAACGCCUUGCCAAGCGACUCUGAAUGUCUCAGCUUCUUCCGUUUUUACCGCGAAACCGCACACGCCGUGUAUCCCGCCGUUGCGGACAUCGAGGGCGUUGAGUCCGACCUCCUGCUCUUCCUCAUCAACCGCGCGAGCUCACAAAGUGGCACCGGGGUGACAGAUCAGCAAAUAUACGGAAAAGACUUCCACUGGAUUGGACUAGUCUUUGCCAUCUUGGCCUCAGGAUGCCAGUGCUCGACACUAUCACGGAGAGAAAGGGAGCUCACAUCACAGGUCUACAUCUGCUGCAGUUUCGAAUGCUUACGAUUUACGAACUUCCUCUCGCACGCGAACAUCGAAAACAUACAAACGCUCCUGAUCCUUGGGAAUGUCAUCUCGAACAACAUGAACGCUGGCGUUGCAUGGAGUCUGAUGGGUCUGACGGUUCGACUUUCACAAACACUCGGUCUGCACCGCAUGUGCCCCUCAUCGACGCCUGUGCAGCAGAGGGUACUCCGGAGCAAAGUUUGGUGGGCGCUACUGUGGCAGGACUCGCUACUGUCUGUGUCGUAUGAUAGGGCAUCUUCGACUACCACCAUCGACCAUACCGUUCCUCUCAGCAAUCACACAGCGCCUGGAACCCGAACAUAUGUCGAGAGCAUGUACCGCUUAUGCAAAGUUGGUCUCGACAUUGUCCGCGAACGCCAGAAACCUCAGACCUCCCACGACGCCCUGAUUAGGAUCACCGAGCAUCGCAACGAACUCCAGGAGAUCAUGGUCGACGCGGCAGAUUACCUGAAGGACUCACGAAGAUGCCGCUCGAUGCGCGAUCAGCUGGAGCAUUGGGCGUUAUACCUCCACAUCUCAUACAUUACAUCCGAACUAUGUCGACCAGCCAUCAGCCCCACAACAGCCGGUCUCGACCUCUCAAAAACACUACGAAAGACCUGCAUCGAUAGCAUAACGAACACCGUCGAAGCCUUCCUGGGCCUACAAAACAUGACACCAUUCGCAACCCGCUCAUGGGCCGCCCUCCAUCGAUCCCUCAGCUGCGCACUCCUCCUCGGUAUCCUGGGCGAACACAACCGCAACGAGCGAGCUCGCGGUCUACUCCAGAAUAUCAUACAAGUGCUGGGUGACUUCACCAAGGACGUCGACCCUAACGAGCUCGCGACGCCGAUCACACGCUCCGUAUCGGCGCUCGAGCGACUAUUGCGCAUCACUACGAGUUUAAAUAGGAAGAUGAGCGAGUCUGGUGGGAGUCAGGCGAGUCCGACGAUGAAUACGUUUACCGCGGAUGAUAUCAAUGCGGCGCUUACGAACGGUGAUGGGAAUGUGUUUUCGCAAAGUCCGUUGCUAGGUUUGGAUUUGGACUCUUCGCCGUAUGCGCUGAUGGAAUCGAUUGUUUGGGGUGCCCAGAAGGACGGAUGAAGUUGAGAACGGUCUGAGCCACACAACCACCAAGAAGCGCAACGUCAACACAUGCCACGUGCCAGCAAAUUUGGUCACCUCAGACAUUGGGUGGUGGUCAAUGCAAGGGACUUGGGGCUAUUAACAACCAUGCAGCUUCGAGCGAGUUAGCAUAUGAUGUUCGAUAGCGGGAACGGCGAAAGCAGAAGAGACCAAAACAGAGCCGAUAGGAUGGUGCAACAAGGUUUUGAAGGAUUGAUUAGCGUAGUGUUUUGAUACCCAGUUCGCGGUGUGUACAAAAGUAGUCUAUGAGCACAAAAGAUCUUUGUGG